AUGUCUUUGUCAAUAUUAAGGUUUAGGUUUUCAAAAUUUCUUCCUUUUUAUGCAAAUGCAAGCUUCCACUCUCAAUCUCUCAAUCACGACGAUGCCGUUGCCUCAUUCAAUCGCAUGCUCCAUAUGCAUCCUUCCCCACCCAUCUUCCAUUUUGGCCACAUUUUGGGAUCCCUUGUCAAGAUGAAGCAUUACCCAACUGCUAUUUCGCUUUCCAAACAAUUGGAAUUCAAAGGGAUUACACCAAAUAUUGUUAUUUUGAGCAUCCUCAUCAAUUGCUUCUGCCACCUCGGUCACAUCAAUUUUGCCUUUUCUGUGUUCGGCAAGAUUCUCAAAAUGGGAUAUAAGCCAGAUGCAAUAACCCACACAACACUCAUCAAAGGUUUAUGUUUUUGUGGUCAGCUUAGGAAAGCACUGCACUUUCAUGAUUGCCUUAAAGCUCAAGGAUUUCAGUUGGACCAUGUUAGUUAUGGGACUUUGAUCAAUGGUCUUUGUAAAUCAGGAGAAACAAAGGCUGCCAUACAGUUGCUCAAAAGGAUUGAAGGGCAUUCAAUUAAGCCUAAUGUGAUAAUGUAUAGCACAAUCAUUGACGGCUUAUGCAAAAAUAAACUUCUUGCUGAUGCGUGUAAUUUGUAUUCUGAAAUGCUUGUCAAAAAGAUUUCUCCGGAUGUUGUAACUUUCAGUAGUUUAAUGUAUGGCUUUUCCAUUAUGGGUCAUUUUAAAGAAGCAAUUGCUUUUUUAAAUGAUAUGAAAUUGAAAAACAUCAACCCAGAUAUUUAUACCUUCAACAUAUUGGUUGAUGCGUCAUGUAAGGAAGGAAAGAUAAAAGAAGCUAAAAUUGUGAUAGCUUCGAUGGUAAAAGCAGGUGUGGAACCUAAUGUUAUUACUUAUAAUACAUUAAUGGACGGAUACUGCAUGGUUAAUGAAGUGAAAAAAGUAAAGCAUGUAUUCAACUCUAUGUCCCAAAUAGGAGUGGCACCUGAUGUUUAUAGCUAUACUAUCAUGAUUGAUGGAUUAUGUAAGAAGAAAAUGAUAGAUGAAGCCAUCAAUCUUUUUGAAAGAAUGCAAUGCAAAAAUAUAAUUCCUAAUACUGUAACUUAUACUUCACUUAUUGAUGGCCUGUGCAAAUCGGGAAGGAUAGUUGAUGUUUGGAAUCUUAUUGAUGAGAUGCAUGAUAGAGGUCAACCUGCCAAUAUAAUUACCUACAGUUCCUUAUUGGAUGCUUUAUGCAAAAAUGGUCAUCUAGACAGAGCAAUUGAAUUAUUCAAGAAAAUGAUUAGUUGGAGAAUUCAGCUAGAUAAGUACACAUACACAAUACUUAUUGAUGGACUGUGCAAAGGUGGAAGAAUUGAGAAAUCGCAAGAAGUUUUUCAGUAUCUUUUGACUAAAGGCCAUCAUCUCAAUGUCUCUACAUAUAAUGUUAUGAUCAAUGCACUUUGUAAAGUGGGGCUGUUUGAUGAAGCAUUGGCCUUGCUGUCAAUAAUGGAAGACAAUGAUUGCAUGCCUGAUGCUAUAACUUUUGAAAUAAUUAUUUCUUUUCUAUUUGAAAAAGACGAGAAUGAUAAGGCAGAGGAACUUCUCCGAGAAAUGAUUGCUAGAAGUUUAUUGUAAGUGUUAAAUCAGGUGAGAUGCUUUCUAGUUACUAAAGAAUAACUAGGUCAUUUGAUUUGUGACAAAAAAUAGUUAGUCAUUAAUUCUCUUGAUUCAUAUUAACUAUACGUAACCUAUUUUCAAUUACUUAUAUAUGCAAAUGUGUUCC